AGACAUACGCACAGACCCUGAGCACGCACACGCAGAAGGCACGCAGUGUGAGGGGGGUUCGCAAUAGGAGUGGGUGGUGAUGAAACGAACAGCUCCGCGAGUAAAUGGGCGCUUCGGCAAAUAAGGUAAUCAGAGAGCUUUCAUAGCGCCACUGUCCCUGUCUAAUAGAGACAGCCUAGCCAUGAACCAGCCGAGCCCCCCAUCCUCAAGAUCUGCGUUCAAACUUUUGGAGCCCGUCUACUCACCCUGACCAUGAAGAGACAAAACGUGAGGACCCUGUCGCUCAUCAUUUGCACGUUCACCUACCUGUUAGUCGGUGCGGCUGUCUUCGAUGCCUUGGAAUCUAAGAAGGAGAAGACCCAGAAGAAGAAAGUGUACGACCGAAAACAAGAGCUGAUGAACACCUACAAUCUCUCUCAAUUCAACUUCGAUGAGCUGGAGAGGGUGGUGUUGCAGCUGAAGCCUCACAAAGCCGGGGUACAGUGGAAAUUCGCUGGAUCUUUUUACUUUGCAAUCACGGUGAUCACGACCAUAGGGUACGGCCAUGCGGCCCCCAGCACGGAUGGAGGCAAGGUGUUCUGCAUGCUCUACGCCCUGCUGGGCAUCCCUCUCACCCUGGUCAUGUUCCAGAGCCUGGGCGAGCGCAUCAACACCCUGGUGCGCUACCUGCUGCACCGCCUGAAGAAGUGCCUUGGCAUGCGGCGCACUGAGGUCUCCAUGGUCAACAUGGUGGCCAUUGGCUUCAUCUCCUGCAUGAGCACGCUGUGCAUUGGAGCACUCUCCUUCUCCUACUUCGAGGGAUGGAGCUUCUUCCACGCCUACUACUACUGCUUCAUUACGCUCACCACUAUCGGCUUCGGGGACUAUGUGGCACUGCAGAAGGAUCACGCUCUACAGACCAACCCCAAGUACGUGGCCUUCUGCUUCAUCUACAUUCUCACUGGCCUGACCGUGAUCGGAGCCUUCCUCAACCUGGUCGUGCUGCGCUUCAUGACCAUGAACGCGGAGGACGAGAAGCGGGACGCCGAGCAGCGCGCCCUCCUCUCCCGAAACGGCCAGGCGGGAGGGCACAACCACAUGCGCUGCGCCCCCGACUUGCCCUCCUCCUCCUCAGCUGCCUCAGGGUGUGGUGGAGGAUCAGGGAACAGUGGUGUGGGGGGAGCAGGGCGGGGGCUGCGGAACGUGUACGCGGAGGUGCUCCACUUCCAGUCCAUGUGCUCCUGCCUGUGGUACAAGAGCAGGGAGAAGCUGCAGUACUCCAUCCCCAUGAUCAUCCCCCGGGACCUGUCCACCUCGGACACAUACAUGGAGCAGGGGGAGGUCUUUUCCUCCGACCCCCUCCACCCGCUUCACUCCAACGGCUGCGUCUACAGCAUGCACCAUCCCCACUCCGCCAUCAGCUCUGUGUCCACGGGCCUGCACAGUCUCACCCCAUACAGACUAGGACACAGCAAGCGGCGAAGCUCCAUAUAGAGGCCUGGGUUAGGGUUAGCAAGAAUAGGCCGGAGUUUUGACCCUUGAACUAUAUCUUAUAUCUAUAUAUUUUCAGCAUCCUUUCACAUUUUGCCGUAUUUAAGGUUGAAGUUCUUGAUCUUCAAUAUUGGGAGAUUGUUUGAAUGAUAAGAGGACAUUGCACUAUGCGAGACAUACUUUUACGUGAAAGCGAGGAUUAUUAAUUUUAAGAAACUGUGCAUCAUAAGCUACACUUGAUUUUAUGUUUGGUGAAGUGAUAUUAUUUUUCACAAAUAAUAUUAUCACUUCAAUAUAUCACAAGAGAUAUAUAGAAGUGUUACUCUCAGUAAUCAUCAAUUAAAAACUCCCAGUAGUCAUCAAUAAAAUAAAUGUAAAUAUAUUUCUCAUGUGGAUACCGUUUUUAACCAAUGUACUUACUAGGGAAGAAGGUAUAUUUUCAGUUAAAGUAUUCUAAAAACUCAGUCGACUGUCUUGAGUCUGUAACGGAAGUUCAGUUUCAAGCUAAACACUUUUGAUCUGCUUUAGUUACUUACUGUAUCUUUCUCUCAAUCCUCAAGACCUAUCAUACUUUGUAAAAAGUAUUGUAAUUUUCUUUCUAAUGCUUUUUUUUACAUCCAUAUAAUUGAUUUACUGUAUGUUUGUUAUUAAUUUGUUUUAUGUUUUCAUGAUAGGGUUUUACUGAGAGCAUUUGGGCUCACUGUGUAUACUGUAGUAGACAGUCUAAUUUACUGCUGCACUUUAUAACAUUAUUGUGUGCUUUAAGGCACUGGAAUUUAUGUUUACUCACCUGAUUUUUUUGGUACCUAAAUAAUUUAUUCUUAUAGGUGUAAUGCUCUUAAAUGUUGUCUAAGGGAGAUUUAUGCCCUAUGAAAAUGACACACAUUUUUACUUCUGGGAUCCUUGUUUUGUAGGCUUAGAAUUUGCUUCAAAUUUGCAUCGUCAAAUUCAUUUUAAAAUGUAUAUGUACUUUCAUAUGAAUUGACUUACCAUAUGCCGGUGUGUGUGUGUAUCAUCCAAGAAGAAGCACAAAUCCAAAAAGUUACAGCUGUUUCAAUUGAACUACACAGGGUAUUGGUUCUGAUGUCUUUUGUCUUUGAAAUAUAAAUAUCUAUUUGGUUGAAAUAGAUUUCUAAAUGCCUUUUUAGCAUCCAGAAAAAUAUGUCUACAUCUGGCUGUCAUAACAACCAAAAUAUGAAAAAAAAACAAGUCUGUACUUGGUUUUAAUCUGCUUAUUUUCCAUCUCCUCAACCAGAAAACCAAUUUAUAACCAGAAACCUACAUCAUUAUGAUGUCACAUGGCACAUUUUGUCUACUGGGAAUGCACAUCCUCAAGCAGAUAGAGCGUCUUUGGUGAGGCUCAUAUUGAUCACAAGUUAAUGAUUUACUGAAUAAUCUUUAUGUUAUAGAGAAAUUAGAUUUAUUUGAAACAUCAUGAGAUGGUACUUUAAAUGUUUAACAGAUUUUAAAAUCAUUUCAUGGAGUUCAUUGAAACUCUUUUUGAUUCAAUCUGUCACGACCGUGUUGACAUGAAUGAGAGGACCAAGGCGCAACAUGAUAUGAAUACAUCUUCUUUAAUUUAUAACGACGAAGAUGAACACGAAACACUUAAACCACACUAACAAAAGAUCGUGAAACUUCAAACGCAAGUGCACACACAAACUACUUACGUCGACAUAUACAAUGACCCACAAACAGCUAAAGCCUAUGGCAGCCUUAAAUAUGCAAUUAGAGACAACAGAAAUCAGCUGUCUCUAAUUGAGAACCCAUUCCGGCCACCAUAGACUUUCCUAGACAACGACACCCAACAUAGACACAGCUAGACACAUACACUCAACACAAAACCAUAAACUACAACCAACACCCCCUCUACCAUAUAAUACCCCAAAAUACACACAUACCCCAUGUCACACCCUGACCUAACUAAAAUAAUAAAUAAAACAAAUAAUACUAAGGCCAGGGCGUGACACAAUCACUUCAGAUUGAUUUGAAGAUGACCAUUUCUUUGAGUUGGAAUUAUUAAUCACAUUUUCUUAAUAAAGUAUAGAAAUUGGAAAUUGAAUACCAACAUUUAUUUUUUUCAUUUUUAUAUAUUCUGAUUUGGUGGUAAUGGUAACCAAAGUGAAAGUUAAAAUCUCAGUUCAUCACAGUAUUUUUCAGCAGCUUGGUGAAACAAAACAGCGUGAUUGUUGAGAAAAAAAGAAGAAACCCGCACACUGCUCUUGCUAGUAUCACCGCUCCCCACCAAGCCCUACGUAUCGGCCUCAAGGCCAAUACAUAGGGCUUGGUGGGAAGCGGUGAUACUAGCAGAAGCAGUGUGUGGGUUUCUUCUUUUUUUUCAUCUUAUUCAACUGUUUCCAUGAACCUGCAACAAAGAUAGCUCAGAUUUGCGAUUACCUUUUGAAUUUUGAAUUACAGUAUGUAAUUGUUGCCUGGUGGGGCAUCAGUAUGUAUUUUAAAUAGUUCAAUAAAAUAAAAGAAUAAUAAAAUCAAAAUGCGCUUAAUGAUGUGACAAACGAUGCACAUGUGGCUAAAUUAUGUUAUCUGGUGUAGUAUUUUCAAGGAUUUCAUUUAUUUCUGAACAGACAGGAGUAAUUAUGUCAUUUGAUAAAUUGAUUUAAAUUUAUCAGGAGCACUUCCAACACCCCCUUCCUGCGGCUAAUGAUGAACACUUCUUAUUAUUCAAUGGAUUGUGGUGAGUAACCCCAUAUGAUGUUAUUGAGUAGGUAGGCCUACUGUUGCAAUAAUAUUGAAAAUAAUCUAUCAGCAAAUAGCCUACAAUUACAAGAUAAUCAUUUCAGUAAGUCAAUGAACAAGUGUUUCUACCUAAUCACUUAUUUUGCCUGUUUAGCAAAGUGGUUUUAGUAACUAUAGAAAGUCUACGCCCCUCUUGGAUUUCUUCAAAUUGUAUUGUGUUACAAAGUGCGAUUCAAAUUUAAUUAUAUGUUUUCUGUCAACGUACAAGACAAAAUACGCUAAUGUCAAAGUGGAAGAUUUUUUUGGGGGGGAUUCAUGAAAAAUAAAACACUAAUAUACCUUGA